AUGCCCACUUCGCCCAUAAAAGUUCGACCGGAGGACGCGGCUUGUUACAUUGAAGCUUACUACCUUAAGAUACACCCCUUGUCACCUUUUCUCGACCGUCAUUCUUUUGAGGAAAAGGCUUUAGGACCAAAUACGUCACAGCGUCUAGCAAAAAGCGCUCCGUUUAAUGCGCUUUAUCAUACCGUACUAGCGUUGGGGUGUCAGUAUGUGGAUGGUGGCUCUUUCGAUCAAGGGAAGGGAAAGGCAUGGAAGUACUUCGAAAUAGCACUAGGCCUUUUACCGCAAAUACUUGUUCCAAUUGAAGGUUUAGUCCAUGCGCAAGCAAUCUUUGCUACGAACUUCUCCUGUAUGCAGAUUGGAGAAACCCUGAUCUCAGAAGCUGCGAGAAUAGUUCAAGUCCUUGGUUACAACGCCGCUCAUGCUCCUGGUAACUUGAACCAUGAAAAGGCUUGUCAUAUGGUGUUUUGGGUUAUAUAUUGGCAGGAGAGAGUAUUUUGUUUCUUUCAGGGGCGGGCUUCGAUGAUACCUGAAUAUGACAUAGGCUGCCCUGUUCCAGAUAUCCCUGGGACUUCAGAUAGUCACCAAAACUGGUUACUGAUCACGACAGGUUUGGGUCGCUUAAUGUCAAGGAUGUACGAAUCUCUCUUUUCUGUGAGUGCGACUCGGAUCCAUAAGGGGCCUAGUCUUGCAGCUAUCGAGUCUAUGUUUUACGAGCUGGAGGCGUGGAGAGGCUCUCUCCCAGAAAACCUCCGCCCUCACAAAUCCUGCUUUUCUUCCAAAGAGGAUACUGCAUAUGCAUCAGCGCAUGAGAUGAGAGCUCAGUUACAGUUUUUAUAUUGUGCUUUGAUACUGUCUCUAUGUCGCCUGCGAAUUCAUCUCUAUGCAGAUCAGCAGUGUCAUUCCGAUCAGCAGAUUAAGCUUCAACUGAUGGAAGCAGCCCGGAGUAUUAUUUAUCUCAGCAGACACAUUGAGCAUGAACCGCAUGUUCCUAUUUGGGAACUUGGUAUUGUACCCAUCUCCGCCCUUUUUGUUAUUUUCGACUUCGUCGUUCAUAAUCCAUUCCAUAAAGAGAUCAAUGUCAAUCUCGCGUUUUUGGAUAUAGCGGGUGGAUAUUUCAGCCGAUGGGAAGUUAGUCACAAUGGUUCGCUUCCUGAAUUUUCCAUUUCGGAAUUUUCCCAUAUUGCUCGGCAGUUUGUGCGGGAAUCAAACGACAAAUCUCAGCAUGCAGUGCCGGCCAGCGGAGGCAGUUCGAAAAUAAACUCGGUGGGAACCGAGGAAGUUGUCCACCAAGAGGAUGGAGAGCCUCUGGACAACUCAGCUUCUAUCAGCCCAUUGGAUGGUUUAUCAGACUACCUUUUCUAUCCUGAAGAUCCUCUUCAGCCCGUCCUUGGAAAUUCGAUGUCGAUGGCGACUGACCUAUCUUCCAUAUUCAAUGCGUCUUACUGGUGUCCAUCUACCACAGGUUUCUAA